CCGCCCUAUAUAGCCGAAACGGAUUGUAAUCUUUUACUACCCCAGUUGGCAAACCCUAGCUCCACUGACACAAAAAACCCCAGAAAACCCCCUCUCUCACUUUCCACUCUCGUUCCGAAUCGCUGCAAUGGCGGGCACGUCCAACGAAACCCCGAAAUCACUCGCAGAUUCGACUCUGGAAUCGGAAGGAGCUAUGAGCAAAAAUGCACGGAAGAAGGAGUUGAAGAACAAGCAGCGGGAAGAGGAGAGGCGCCGAAAAGAGGAGGAUAAGGCUGCUGCCUUGGCAAGCUCGCAAGUUAAGAAAGAUGUAGCAACUGAAGAUGACGACAUGGAUCCAACGCAAUACUAUGAAAAUAGACUGAAGUAUCUUGCUACCCAGAAGGCAGAUAAAAAUCCAUAUCCUCAUAAAUUCUUUUGUUCAAUCACCGUACAUGAAUAUGUAGAGAAGUAUGCAAGCUUAAACGAUGGGGAGCAUCUUGAGGAUAUCACUGUUUCAUUGGCUGGGCGAAUCAUGAGUAAAAGAUCUUCCAGCUCUAAGCUCUUCUUUUAUGACUUGGAUGGUGGCGGACCUGAUGGUGAGAAGGUCCAAGUCAUGGCUGAUUUAAGAAAAUCAGAGUUGGAUGAAUCUGAAUUUUCUAAGUUUCAUUCUAGUGUUAAGCGUGGUGAUAUUGUCGGUGUGACUGGGUUUCCAGGAAAGACUAAGAGGGGGGAGCUGAGCAUUUUCCCAAGAUCAUUUAUAGUCUUAUCACAUUGUCUUCAUAUGAUGCCAAGACAGAAAGCUGGUCCUGCUUCUGAUAAUGCUAAUGUCAAGAAAACGAAUCGAUGGAUCCCAGGAAGUCCCCGGAAUCCUGAAGCAUACAUUUUAAAAGACCAGGAAACUCGCUAUCGUCAACGUUAUCUGGAUCUAAUAUUGACUAAUGAGGUUCGGCAAAUAUUCAGGACCAGAUAUAAAGUCAUUCAAUAUAUUAGAAGGUUCCUGGACAAUCUGGACUUCUUGGAGGUCGAAACUCCUAUGAUGAAUAUGAUUCCUGGUGGAGCGGCUGCCCGUCCUUUUAUGACUUUUCACAAUGAACUUGACAUGAAGCUUUUCAUGCGCGUUGCACCAGAACUCUAUCUCAAGCAGCUUGUUGUUGGUGGCCUGGAUCGUGUUUAUGAGAUUGGAAAGCAAUUUAGAAAUGAGGGCAUUGAUUUGACUCAUAAUCCUGAAUUCACUACCUGUGAAUUCUACAUGGCUUAUGCAGACUACAAUGAUUUGAUGACGCUGACUGAGGAAAUGUUGAGUGGUAUGGUCAAGGAGCUAACUGGUGGGUAUAAAAUCAAGUAUCAUUCAAAUGGGCUCGACAAGGAACCAAUUGAGAUUGACUUUACUCCUCCUUUCAGAAGGAUCGACAUGGUUGAGGAAUUAAAUAAGAUUGCAGGUCUCAACAUAAAUCCAGAGAAUCUCUCCAGUGCAGAAGCUAACCAAUAUCUUAAGGAUGCGUGCAAGAAGUUUGAUGUCAAAUGUUCCCCUCCUGAAACAACAACUCGUUUGUUGGACAAGCUUGUUGGGCACUUUUUGGAAGAGACGUGUGUAAAUCCCACUUUCAUCAUUAACCAUCCUGAGAUAAUGAGUCCUUUGGCUAAGUGGCAUCGAUCGAAACCUGGCUUGACUGAACGUUUUGAAUUGUUUGUGAACAAACAUGAACUUGCCAAUGCAUACACAGAGUUGAAUGAUCCUGUGGUACAACGGGAAAGAUUUGCUGAUCAACUCAAGGACCGACAAUCAGGUGAUGAUGAAGCAAUGGCUUUGGACGAAUCAUUCUGUAGAGCUCUUGAGUACGGGUUACCUCCAACUGGUGGUUGGGGUUUGGGCGUUGAUCGGCUCUGUAUGUGGUUAACCGAUUCACAAAAUAUCAAGGAAGUUCUACUCUUCCCGGCUAUGAAGCCACAGGAUGAGACUUGUGCUAAAGCCACUUUGGGUGCUUGAGAUUAUCGGGACUCAGCCAUCGAUUUUUUGUAGCUGCAUUGGACUUCAAGCGGUGGUCUUAUUGAUGGCGAGAUGUAACUUUUUGGUUUGAUUUUCACUGUUAUAUCUAAAGUAUUUUAGGUAGAUCUAUAAUUGUCUGAACUAUUAAUACAGUUACAGUGAAUGCGACUAAUAUUUAUCCGAAUUGCCAAACUUUGUUAUCCCUAACUCCUAUGUGUUAGUUUGUUUGAAUGGAUCUCUUUCGUCUGAAAAGAAAAAGUUGCUCUGUCGUCUCGUCA